AAGAUGAAAGUCUGUGCUCCUUUCACUGUUGUCUUGGCUCUGGCUCUGAGCAGUGACUGUGCAAGGCUGCACUACAAAUCUGGGGCAGGAAGAGGCUCAAAACAUGAGUUCACUCGCCCACAAGUGUUUACAGAGGAUGGAAAUCUGUGCAGGUUUCCUUUCCGGUACGGUGGAAGGUUUUAUCACUCCUGUUUGUCAAACCUCUUUUCCCAAAAGAAAUGGUGUUCAACAACACAUAACUAUGACAGGGACAGAAGAUGGGGACACUGCACUUCAUUGACCAAAGACCACUCAGAUCUCUGUGCAAACAACCCUUGCCAAAAUGGAGGGAGCUGUUCCCUUGCCCAUGGCCACAGCACAUACCACUGUACCUGUCCUGAGGGAUUCAUGGGUGAGGACUGCCAGCUCAAGAAGUGUUUUGACAACAGUCUCUAUGAGUUCUUUGAUGUGGGCAUGAGCUGGACAAGAGUCCACCACGGAGCAGUGGAGGAGUGCACAUGUGUGAAUGGUCAGACUGAAUGCAGGAGUGUUGCACACACAAGCUGUCUUCAUGAUCCUUGCAUGAAUGGUGGAGAAUGCAGGAUGGCAACCUUCAGUGGGAAAAUAGUGUGUGACUGCAAAGGGAAUUUUGCAGGAAAAUAUUGCAAUAUUGUUCCCAGCCAUCGGUGCUACAUUGGCAAUGGCCUGGAGUACAGAGGCACAGUGAAUACAACCACUUCUGGCUACAGCUGCUUGCCCUGGAAUUCAGACUUGCUUUACGAAGAGCUUCACAUUGACAGUGUGGAGAAAGCAGUACAGCUUGGCUUGGGGCCCUUCUCCUACUGCAGAAAUCCAGAUGAUGAUGAGAAGCCCUGGUGUUAUAUCCUGAAGGACCACAGCUUGUCCUGGGAGUACUGUGACAUUCCAUCCUGUGCAAGCAGGGAAAGGAGGCCACCAACUCCAGACACUAUAGAUACCUACGCAGUCACCAAAAGGCCGUGUGGGAGAAGACACAAAAAAAGAAGUUUUGUGAGACCCAGGAUUGUUGGGGGAUCUUCAUCUCUGCCUGGAUCUCAUCCCUGGACAGCAGCUAUAUAUAUUGGAGAGAGUUUCUGUGGUGGAAGCCUUAUUCAGACUUGUUGGGUUGUGUCAGCAGCACACUGCUUUGCUAACAGUCCACUGAAAUCCACUAUUAAAGUUGUCCUGGGUCAGCAUAUAUUUAAUAAAACAACCGAUGUAACACAAACGUUCGAAAUAGAGAAAUACAUCUUGUACCCUGAGUAUUCUGUGUUCAACCCUACUGAACACGAUAUUGCUUUGAUUAAGCUGAAGAAGAACGGCCAACGUUGUGCUGUCAAGUCCCAGUUUGUUCAGCCCAUCUGCUUGCCAGAGAGUGACACUGUUUUCCCUGAGCAGUUCAAAUGUCAGAUUUCUGGAUGGGGACACAAGCAUGAGAACGUAUCUGGCUAUUCAAAUGUCCUGCAAGAAACACUGAUUCCAAUUAUUUCUGAGGAGAAGUGCAGAAGCCCUGAAAUUUAUGGAAGAGAAAUGACUGAGAAUAUGUUCUGCGCUGGCUACUUCGACAGCAAAUCUGAUGCUUGUCAGGGAGAUUCUGGUGGACCUCUGGCCUGUGAGGAAAAUGAAAUCUCUUAUCUCUAUGGAGUUAUCAGCUGGGGAGAUGGCUGUGGCAGAGUCAACAAACCUGGAGUAUACACACGAGUGACGAACUAUGUAAAGUGGAUUAAUGAGAAAAUAGCUCCCCGAAAAGCUAGUUGA